CCGACGGCGAGAGCCGAGCCAGGGGACGAAGCGGAAGUCCCGCGGACCCACUGACUAUACUGAAGAGAGACUCGCGGUGUCAUGGCCGCCGACAGUGACGAUGGCGCAGCCUCAGCUCCAGCCGUUUCUGACGGUGGUGUCCACCAAAGCACAAAAUAUGGGGAGGAGCUGGCAAUCCAGGUUCCCGUGGUGGAUGUUCAAAACGACAACUUCAAGGAAAUGUGGCCAUCCCUCCUGCUGGCCAUAAAGACAGCUAGCUUUGUGGCUGUGGACACGGAACUGAGUGGGCUUGGGGACCGGAAGAGUUUGCUGAACCAGUGCAUCGAGGAACGUUACAAGGCCGUGUGUCAUGCUGCCAGGACCCGUUCUAUCCUCUCCCUGGGCCUCGCUUGCUUUAAGCACCAGCCAGACAAGGGCGACCAUUCAUACCUGGUCCAGGUGUUCAAUCUGACCCUGCUGUGCAUGGAGGAGUAUGUCAUAGAACCAAAGUCUGUGCAGUUCCUGGUCCAGCAUGGUUUCAACUUCAACCGGCAGUAUGCCCAGGGCAUCCCCUACCACAAGGGCAAUGACAAGGGUGAUGAGAGCCAGAGCCAGUCAGUGAGGACCCUGUUCCUGGAGCUGAUCCGGGCCCGCCGGCCCCUGGUGUUGCACAACGGUCUUAUAGACCUGGUGUUCCUGUACCAGCACUUCUAUGCGCACCUGCCCGAGAGCUUGGGAACCUUCACUGCUGACCUGUGUGAAAUGUUCCCAGCUGGCAUUUAUGACACCAAAUAUGCUGCUGAGUUUCACGCCCGCUUUGUGGCCUCCUACCUAGAAUAUGCCUUCCGGAAAUGUGAGCGGGAAAAUGGGAAGCAGAGGGCAGCUGGCAGCCCACACCUUACCCUGGAGUUCUGCAGCUAUCCUUCUAGCAUGAGGGCCCACAUUGACUAUCGCUGCUGCAUGCCCCCUGCAACCUACCGUCCCCACUCCACCAGCAUCUGUGACAACUUCUCGGCCUAUGGCUGGUGCCCCCUGGGACCACGUUGUCCUCGGUCCCAUGAUAUUGACCUUAUUAUUGACACUGACGAGGCUGUCGUGGAAGACAAGAGGCGUCGGCGAAGACGUAGGGGAAAACGGCCGAAGGCUUUGUUGAGCCUGCCUGCGAGACAGACCCCUGGGGAAACGGAGGGUGGUCCUCCCGCCAAGCAGGUCUGUGGGGAAGGCCUGAAGCCUGAGGAAGGUGAGCCGGAGGUGGCUGAGGAUGAGGCUGGGAACCAGCCUGGCUCUGAGCAAGGCCACGAAAACAACUUGGACGUGGAGCUUGAGGCAACAAGGCCUGCACCAGCUGACGUGACCGCCUCAGAAGCACCAGAGAGUCAAGGCAGUCUUAACCCAGUGCCUGGGGAUGGGCUGCAUCGGGCUGGCUUUGAUGCCUUCAUGACAGGCUACGUGAUGGCCUAUGUGGGAGUGGGCCAAGGACUCCAGCCCUGUAGCUCUGGACCAUGGCUACCUGAAUGCCACAACAAGGUAUACCUGAGUGGCAAGGCUGUCCCCCUCACCGUGGCGAAAAGCCAGUUCUCCCGUUCCUCAAAAGCCCAUAACCAGAAGAUGAAGCUGGCUUGGGGCAGUGGCUGACCCAACUUCUACACAGCACUCAGGGCCCGGAACAAAGCUGAGGGUGAAACAGAAGGGUCUGGAUCUCUCUCAGCCGUGAGUGCCUGGCAGACGCUGCCACGUCACUCCUCGUCCUCUCUCUUUACACCGGAGGUUGGGGAAUAAGGGGCACACACAAGAAAGCUGACCAGCACCUGUAACACCGACUUUAUUUAUUUUUAAAUCUCAAAGUGUCUUGGGAAAGUUUUACAAAAAAGAAAAAAAAAAUCAACAGAAACAAGAUAUGAAAAUAUUUGACCAGCUUCAUCUUUGGUUAUUUCUUAUUGUGGCUCUAUAAGGACAGACUGUUCCCGUAGCAGAAAGGGACGACAUCAGUCCACGCAUAAACCAUUUAACCAGC